UUUCGCAUCGGAAAUAAUAAAUCAAUAUUUUUGGUAGUGACUUCUGUUAUUUUUUGAACACUUUACAUUAUUUUGAUUUACUUUUUACUUUUAGUGAAAUGGUAUCAACCUUUACGGAAUAAAAUUUCCUUUCGCAUGGUAUAAAUAAUGCAAUGAAACUUUCUCAAAAUCCGGUGAAACGGAAUAGUAAACCAGUGUCACUACUAAAGGACUCUGAUUUUGAGAUUAAAACGCAAAGUGAAUUAAGGCAAAAGCGCAAAAAGGGACCGUCCAGCACGGCGUUUGCGGAGCGAACUGCUGAAAUUAUAAAAAGUUGUCAACCUUUCUUAAAAGCACCAACCUUUAACCACGGAGACGACGCUGAUAGCUACUUCAGGAAGACAUUGAGAAAUUGGGACGAUCUAAAGUUUGCGAGGACUCCGAGGUGGAUCACGUUAAACAGCGUUCGAUCUAUUGAAUCUAUUAAAUCGGAGAGGCGAGUUUGUCAUUCCGCAAAAACUGCAACUUAUUCAGUAAGUUCAGUUGCGAAAUCUGCGUCAGUAUAUUCACAUAAAGGAGCGGGAGAUAGAAGAUCUGACGACAAAUUAAAACUACGCCACGCCAAAGGAAAAAAAUCGCCUUUGUUAUUUAGGGGAAGUCUGCCGGAAUUGGUCACAAACCGUAGUAAGAAAGGACUAAUACGACAGAAAUAUUCGUUGGAACAACCGUUUGAGGGCGAAGUAGUAUCAUUCGAUAUCGGUAGAGAAGAAGAGCACAGGGCAAGAGAAGAAACAGUUGAAGAAGAAAUUAAAUUCGACAGCGGCGAAGAAGACGUAAUAGCAGUAAGAACUGAAGCGGAAGAGAACGACGUUGAAAAGUCAGAAAAGACAAAAGAAGAAGCAGAUUUUCAGGACGAGGAUCUAGAUUUGUUUUUUUCUCCCAGUAGCGAAGGAGUCUUGGAACGAGAACAAUUAAGCCUAGAGGAAGAGCUUUACCGAAACGAACAAGAAGCAGCAAAAGUUAUUGAAGUAAAACAAGUAGAAGAAUUACAAGAAGAAAAAGAAGAAGAAGAAGGAGAAUUUCCAAACGAAUCAAUUACAGCAAAAUACUACGAUCACAGUGAAACAGAAGAAAAACAGGAAUUAGGAAUGGCUGAAGAUACGACAGUGGAAGAAAUUGGUAUCGAGGACACGGUAACCGAUGAUCUACAAACAGAAACGAUAGCGGACGAUGAUCUGCAAGAGAUCGAAAACUUGGUCAAGCAGGCGGACCAGGAAUUGGACCAAGUGAUGGACGAAAAUCCAGAUCUAAAGGGGGCACUGGAUGAGAAUGUGAGUAAUUUAUGCGACACGAAAAAGGGGACAGAAGGAGCACAAGCUGCAGGUUUUCCGUGUGCUGGUGCCGGAGGGGGAGGCGGUUCAUUUUUUCAGUACGAUCCUACAAUAGAUGCGGCCGUUCUUGCCGAAUUAGAGGAUGCCGAAAGACAAGCUAUGGAAACUGCUAAGAUCAUUUACGAACUGAAACAGAGGGUCGGUGAACUAUUAUGUAAAACGAAAAUGACCGAGGCCGAAGGUAAGGAAUUGGAAGAAAAGAACUGUUUGCUUAAAGAACAAAUGCAACUUUUCGAGGAGAAAACCAAAAGGAUUCAACAACUCAUUGCCCAAACGAAUCUUUUUGAAAAAAUGACGCCGCUAAAACCCAGCACGCAACACAAGCGACCGGAGGAUAUGUUACCGAAAGUGGUCAUUUGUGGCCUUACCGAAAACAAUAUGCCAAAAAUUAUAGUUUGCGACGAUAAAGAUAAAAAAAGAAGGUCGAAGCCUCCUUGUUCGGCGGAUGCACCAUCAUCGCCGUGUGGCGUCGUUCCGAAAUUUGCGAAAAGAUUAAGUGAAUCGUAUACCAUGCAAGAGAAGUUAGCUGCCGAAAAUGCACAAUUGGAAGGUACAAGAUAUCAAUUGCAAGAAGAUUUGUUAUCUAGAGAUCAAUUCGUUGAGAACCUGCAGAGGAAGCUGUGUAGUCUCGAGCAGGAAUUAAAACUUGUCUGCAAAGAGAACAACGCGCUCAAUCAGAGACUUAAAGGGAGAGAAGCGCAAGAAGAACCCAAAGAAGCGUCACCUUGUGGAACCGGCAGAGGAGCAAAAAGGAUGCCUUGCGGAAAAGGAAAGGGUCCUUGUCCUGCGGAGAUGGAGAGCCGACUUCAGGAAUAUGUCGAAACAACGCAUGCUCUCGAAAAACAAUUGAACGACAUGGAAAGCGAAGUGAGACACAUGCAGUGCGAACUAGUGGAAGUGCAAAAAGAACGACAACACUUGGAGCACCAUCGCCGUAUGAUAUGCACACCGCCGUGCAAACCUUGCCCACCACCUUGUCCGCCUCCUUGUGGACCACAACCUAGAGCUCCGUGUGGAACAAUAGAGCAACAACUAAGUCAAUUGAAGGAACAGUAUUGCAGACUUCAGGAUGACUUUAAAGGGAAACUAACGGAAGUGGCCAGUUUACGGGCGGAAAACGAAAAGAUGAAGAGGAGUGGCGGUGACAUUGACGAGUUUAAGAAAGCCUACGAACAAAAGAUGAAGGACCUAGAGAGAGAGGUUCGAGUUCUGAAGAUGGAAUUGGAGAAGAGCGAAAGUAUGAAGCAACAAAUGGUCGAAAUGGAAGCACAAUUAAAUGUGGCGAAACAAAGGUUUAGGGACGCGCAGGACGAACUGGAGGAACUCAGGGCACUGAUACAGGACCAGCAGACCCAAAUGGACGAUUAUCGAAAUAAGUAUUUACAAGCGCAGCAAACUGUAGAAGAACAACGACGACAAAUAGAUUUGAUGGAAAUCGAGAACAACCGAAUAACCGAGCAAGUAAAUCUCGAAAUCCAAAGGGUAAAGAAUCAAUUUCAGGAAAAACUGCAGGAGUUAACACCUCUACCGGACAUUCUCAAAGCUACGCAGAUUAAGUUGCAAGAAGCUCAACAGAUGCAUCUUCUUGCUGAAAGAAACAACGAGGCCAUUUCGCGGGAAUUACAACAAUAUAAAGAUAGAGCAGCGGCCAUGGCUGCAGAUAUGGAGAAAGUCCGUAGCGAUCAACAACUUGGAGCUGACGAACAGGCGGUACUCGAGCAGAAAAUUCGCGAUCUAACCACCAAAGUUCAGGAACUCGAAGAGGAAAACGACAAGAUCAAAAUGGACAUGGUACGACUUGAGGAAGCUUACGACCAGGCGGAGAAACGAGUGCAAGAAAAAUUACACGAAAUAACUCAGCUCGUCGCCCAGUUGGAUUCGGUUAGAGAAGAAUCAGCAAGACAAGUAGCACGGACGAAAGACAGAUGCGAAACGGUGAGAAGGUCGAUGCAAAAUCAGAUAGCAGAUUUGGAGCGUCAGCUGGCGCAGAGCCGGGCUCAGGCGCGACAAGCGCAGAAGGACAGGGACGAAAUAAGGCAAAAGAUGCAGGCGCAAAUAACGAAUUUGAACGAGAACUUUGAAGAUGCCCAAAUGCGUAUCAAGAAUUUGCAAGCGCACGUAAAUUUCUUAAAAAAUACAUAUUCGACUGUGUACCCGGACGGUGGAGUGGCGCCGAUGGGUGGCGAUGGUGGCAUAGACGCCUGCGACUGCGGCCAAUAUUGAUAAUAAUCCGAGGAUAAAUUGGGAGUAGGAAUUUUGCUGACUGCAAUACAUAUUUACAUAUGUAUGUUAGUGUAUCGCUGAGUGACAUUCAACUAGAUGUUCGUUUUUUUUUUUUUAAUUAAAUAAAAAUAUAUAAACUUUGUAAAAUGGAAAUGAGUGGGGCUACUGAAAUGUAAUACAAUUUAUAUUUUAUUAUACACACUAGUAUUUUGUUAUGGGAACUGGUUUGUAAUAAAAAAAAUCAAGUAAUCAUACACGCAACUAAAGCACAUCAAUAAAUAUUUAAAAACUAA